AUGGAUAGAGCAAGGAUUGAGAAUUGGAAUGAGACUGAGGCUGUGGAGCAGGAGGUCAAGAGGUCAGUUCUAAUCUUUUCAAAAUAUCCCCUAACUAUGGAAUGUUCAGGAGAAUGGAUCAGAAUAAAAGAGAAGUGUUUCUAUUUUUCUGACGAUACCAGAAAUUGGACAGCCAGUAAAAACUUUUGCAGUUCACAGGGAUCAGAACUUGCUCAAAUUGAUACAAAAGAGGAUAUGCUCUUGGUUUUGUCAUCUAUUUGGCAGUUUGUAGUCUUUGUCAUUCAGUCCAUGACUAAAACGUUUGAAAUUAAUGGGAAUGGAUAAUUUGCUUUUGGAGAUGCUGAUGGAGUCUAUAGUUCCAGGGGAUUUGUUGAUAUCAAGAGGAUUUGCAGGAAACCUAGAUUUUAA